UAGCCACGAUCGAUCACCUCUCUUCUGCCUCCAUCAUUACUCUCUCUCUCUCUAUCUUGUCGGAGCGAUCCAGCCGAUGAACCCGACGAUGCCGGCGCCGGCGCCGGCGCCCACGGCGGUCACGCCGUCCGCGCCGGUCGCCGUGGUGGGCCCGCAGUUCUGCGUGCCGUACGUGGUGCCGCUGACGGUGACCAAGAAGUCGCUCAGCCUCACCGACGGCGACUUCACCGUCACCGACGCCAACGACGCCGUCGUGCUCAAGGUCAAGGGCACCAUCUUCAGCAUCCGCCACCGCCGCGUCCUCCUCGACGCCGCCGGCCAGCCCAUCCUCUCCAUGCACGAGAAGGUAUUAAGCAUGCACCACAGAUGGGAAGUAUUCAGAGGGGACAGCUCCAAUCCGAGGGACCUGCUCUUCUCCGUGAAGAAGUCUUCCAUGAUCCAGCUGAUGAAGACAGAGAUGGAUAUCUUCUUGGCAGGGAACACUGCAGAGCAGGUCUGUGAUUUCAGGAUCAAGGGUAGCUACUUUGACAGAUCCUCUGUCUUCUACCUUGGCGACUCAAACACUAUGAUCGCUCAAAUGAGCCGUAAGUACACUGCUGCAAGUGUGGUGCUGGGGAAGGACAUAUUUGGCAUCACCGUGUUCCCGCAAGUCGACUAUGUGUUCGUCGCAGCUCUUGUUGUGAUUCUGGAUGAUGUUCACAGGGACAAAUCCGAUUGAUGAACUGGAAUCACUCUUAUAUCCCAAUUACGGACUACCAUUUUAAGUUUCACUUUUCACACCUGUCAUAUUACCUCUAGUUGUUGUUUCUCAGUAAUGCUGUUGUAUUUGAAUCGUGUUUUAAAUUAUUUUAAGUUUUUCUCUUAUGUUCAGUAAUGUGUAAUUACCUUCAGAUUUGGUUGCUAGUCUACAAUUGCUUACAACAGUGAAUGUUUACUGUUUAAGAUCAGGUUGUGUCACGCACAGAACUUCCU